AUGGAAGAUGCUCCGCACGGGAAAAUAGAAGAAGAGUUGCUUUGGAGCAGAGAGAUCGUGCCUCGUGUUCUGCAGAUAGUAAGCGCAAGACUCCCUCAGAAAGACCUUAUCUCUCUCCUUCUGGUCAGUCCAUGGUUGUACCGUACUCUCGUCUCCAACCCAUCCCUUUGGCAGGUCCUCGAUUUGCACGAAAUGAAUAAUGCUGGUGAUCGAUUGAUUUCUGCUAUCUCGUUGUCCAGAUACCACCAUGUGAGACUGAUCAACCUUGAAUUUGCACAAGAUAUUGAAGACAAACAUCUCACAGUACUUAAAUGCAAGCAUAUGGAAUCCCUUCAAGAUUUGGAGUCACUAAAUCUUAAUGGCUGCCAGAAGAUAUCUGAUAAUGGAAUUGAGGCUGUAACUAGUGCUUGCCCUAAGCUCAAGGCAUUAUCUAUCUAUUGGAAUGUGAGGGUGACAGAUUUGGGUAUUGAGCAUAUUGUGAGGAACUGCAAACAUAUGGUUGAUCUGAACUUGAGUGGCUGCAAGAACAUUUCAGACAGAAGUAUGUAUUUGAUUGCUGACACUAUCCGAGAGCUGGAGUCUUUGAAUUUGACUAGGUGCAUCAAGAUAUCAGAUCGUGGACUGCAACAAAUAUUAUUGAAGUGUCGCUCCCUGCAUUAUCUAAACCUUUAUGCACUCUCAAGUUUAACGGAUGAAUCAUAUGAGAAGAUAGAGCUUCUUACUCAUCUUAAAUUCUUAGAUCUCUGCGGUGCACAGAAUCUGUCUGAUGAAGGUCUUUCCCGUAUAGCCAAAUGCAAGAAUCUGGUAUCUCUGAAUUUGACUUGGUGCGUACGUGUUACUGAUGUUGGGGUCAUAGCCAUUGGACAAGGUUGCCCAUAUCUUGAACUUCUGAGCUUAUUUGGCAUCACUGGAGUGACUGAUAAGUGCCUGGAGGUGCUCUCAAGGUUCUGCUCAAGCACGCUGACAACCUUAGAUGUGAAUGGGUGUAUUGAAAUUAAGAGGAGAAGUCGUGACGAAUUACUUCAAUUGUUCCCACAUCUGAGAUGCUUCAAAGUGCAUAGCUAAUGCUUUUGUUCAAGGAGCUACUGACAUAUUCCUUUUAUCUCCCCUAGUCAUCCUUGCACAACUGUUGGUGAAACAUAGCCUAUGUCAAUCAAAAAAGGAAAAUCUGAAGAUCCAUUCAAUGUCAUGUAUGGGUCACUUACCUGGAUGGAGAAAGAAAUUGCUGCAUCAUUUGGAUGGGCC